UUUUUCUUGUGUCCAAUAUAACGGGACACACAAUAGCCUCUCCUGCUGCUCUAUUUCCAGUUGUCAUCGCGCAAGCGCAUGAACGGCUGCGAACAUCAAGGAUAGAUGGGAAAAGAUCCAUAGAAGUAUCCGUCUUUGUCGCACAUAUGUCGAACACCGUUCAGAACAUUGUUACAGUCGGUUUGGUCAUGCCUCUUUUAAAACACACACACACACACACACAUCAUACACACAUAUAUAUAUAUAUAUGUAUAAACUGCAUGUAUAUACUACAUUAUAUGCUUCCAGAGAUACUGCGUUCCCAAGCGCGUGAUAGAAAGAGAGAAAAAGAGGGGAAAAGAGAGAAGGAGAGAGGGAGAGAAAGAGAGAUAGAGAAACAAGCGAAGCAAGUCCGCGUCAUUCAGUCGUGCUCUCGUCGGUGAUCGUGACACUUGUUUGACGGAGCAAGGUGCGCGUCCUGCAAAGACGUUGGUGGAUUUGUCGCUUGGCAGUGUUACUGACGGGUGCUAGUUAGCGUCGACGCGGAGCGUUCUCAGUUCUUCACGGAACGGCGAUUUGAAUCGCCCGUUUUUGACGGCAAUAUGGGGCCGGUGAACCCGGACCUGCAGCGAGAGCGUGAAAGAUGCAGUUUCAAAUCCAUAGAGUUGACGCAUUUUUGGGACGGCAGUUCGACUAGGACGGCGCAGCGGCAUGAGUUAGAGGACUUUUUCCUCAGCGAUCCGCUGCUGCAUGACAAGACACCGGCGAAGUACAAGAGCCAUAAGGAGAUCUACGAAGAUGCGAUAAUGAAGGGAUGCAGGGCGAUCGAGAAGGUGCAGCAGCUGCAGGAGUCGGGCAGAGCCGGCAUGGACGUUUUCUCAUUUGUAUUCUAUAGACAAAUUUUAGGAGGCUUGUUAGGCUCGGCGAUACUGAAAGACGGAAAUCCAUUGACACUGCACUUUGUGAUGUUUAUACCGGCUAUCAUGGGACAGGGCACCUCCGAUCAGCAAGGUUACUGGAUAUCCCGGGCUUGGAGUUGCAACAUCAUUGGUACUUACGCUCAGACGGAACUUGGUCACGGGACGUUUAUCAGAGGUUUAGAGACUACGGCGACUUACGAUCCUUCGACCAAAGAGUUUAUAUUGAACAGCCCUACCUUGACGUCGUACAAGUGGUGGCCUGGUGGUUUGGGCCAGACGGCGAAUUAUGCGGUGGUCGUGGCGCAGUUGUACACGAAGGGAGAAUGCAGGGGCAUCCAUCCCUUCAUUGUACAGCUCAGGCAAGAGGAUACUCACGAGCCUUUGCCAGGCAUUAAGAUCGGCGAGAUCGGCACCAAGCUAGGAAUGAACGCCACCAACAACGGCUUUCUCGGCUUCGAGAACGUCAGAAUACCGCGCGAGAACAUGCUGAUGAAGAACUCCAAGGUGCUCGAGGACGGGACGUACGUGAAAGCGCCCAGCGACAAACUCACGUACGGCACGAUGAUGUUCGUCCGAGUUGUGUUGGUGCGCGAUAUCGCCAGCUAUUUAUCGAAGGCUGCGACGAUAGCAGUCAGAUACAGCGCGGUGAGACGGCAGAGCCAAAUAAAGCCCGACGAGCCGGAGCCGCAAAUUAUGGAUUACGUAACGCAACAGUAUAAAUUGUUCCCUAAUCUCGCUGCUUGCUACGCGUUCCGGAUUUCCGCCGACUGGAUCUGGGAUAUGUAUAACAACGUGACGGCCGAAUUAGAUCAGGGAGAACUAGAAAGACUUCCCGAGCUACACGCGUUGGCGUGCUGCUUGAAGGCAGUCGCGUCGUCGGACGCAGCCACCGGCAUUGAACAAUUGCGGCUGGCAUGCGGCGGCCACGGUUACAUGGACGCGAGCAACCUGCCGGCGACUUAUGGCUUAGUGACCGCCACUUGCACUUACGAGGGUGAAAACACAGUUUUGCUGCUGCAAACUGCCCGCUAUCUAGUGAAAGCUUGGAGGCAGGCCGUUAGCGGCCAACGAUUGCCGUUGACCGUGGAGUAUCUGGGUGUCCUCUCGCGCGGGAUAAAGCAGCAGCGCUGGAACAAUACGCUGUCGUGCAUCGUGACUGCUCAUCAAGCGGUCGCAGCUGGUAAAAUUCGUCUGGCGACGGAGAACAUGGAUCAGAGAAUACGCGCCGGCGUGUCGCCCGAGGAUGCGUGGAAUCAGACCAGCAUCGAACUGGCGCACUGCGCGGAGUCCCAUUGCCGAGCUUUCAUAGUGAUGCGAUUCGUCGAGACCAUCAUGAAUUUAACAUCCUUGUCCAAGGAGUGUCAUCAGGUGCUCAUGCAGCUUUGCGAACUGUACUCCAUAUACUGGGUCCUACAGCGACUCGGAGACUUUCUACGAUUUUCCUGCCUGGACACUAAAGAUGUUCCGGUACUGCAGGCGCGCUUCGAGGAGAUGCUCGCCGCAAUUCGUCCAAACGCCGUCGGCAUUGUCGAUGGAUUCGAUAUUCGCGACGAGAUCCUCGCGUCCGCGCUCGGCGCGUAUGACGGCAAUGUGUACAUGCGUCUCUUCGAGGAAGCGAUGAAGAGUCCUUUGAAUCAGGAGAGCGUAAACCAAUCCUUCCACAAAUACCUCAAGCCUUUCCUUUUGAAAAGUAGUUUAUAAUAUUGUGCUUAUCGUAAGAUAAUAGUCAGCCAAUCCAACAUAAACACGCACACGCGAGCAAAAAGGAUUACAUAUAAAAUUAUACGAGAUAUCCGGCAACUCGUGGAGCUUAAUUCUAUAUGUAUACUUGGUUUCAAUACGGUUUGAAUACUUUUUUUUCGAUAAAAUUUAGAAUGUAACCAAUUAGAGACUUUUUCUCUCUUUAUUAAUUUCCAGAAAAAAAUUUUUUUAUUGGAUAGACUGCGUUCCGAACUGCGUGAAAAAAAUGUUCAAACCGUUUUGAAACAGACUAUACAAAAGCAUUAUUUUCCGUGUGGACAUAAUUACGUGCAAUUGUAUAUGACCAUAUAGAGAUAAAAUUCAUGUGAGACAAAUUAUAUAUAAUCAUUUUUUCUCGGGCGUACAUUUAUACAGUGAACAGAUAAAAGUCGCUUGAGACAUGCCUUGUUUGUACCUACAUUAUUAAGCGCGAGGGAGAAUUAUUUGCAUAAUUUGCAACAUCCCGCACGAUUGCAAGUCACGUAAUCGCGCGAACUUCACAAACAUUUCCAGAUCGUGAUAGUUUUAAUAGGCGCCGUAAAUUCAAAGUGAGAUAAUUCUAAGUGCGUACGGGUACACGAAUUUGUCAUAUUUGACGACACGAUGCCAGUCAUUCUCGCACAAUGUAUCAUUGUAACUUUAGUAUUACCUGCGGAAUUGUUGCACUCUUAAAAGCAGAACGCUUUUGUACGGUUUAUCCUUCUAAUAAGAGUUUUUAAGGGGAUGUACGUGAAAAGUCUACGAUGGAAAAUGUUCGUCCGUUAAUCCAUUCGUUAGCAUCGCGUCUGAUCGUUGCGCACAAAAUAACAAAACAGAACUAAUAUAUUUUUGAUAGCGUAACGUUUUAUAAGGCAUAUUAUAUCAUAAAAUGCGAGCGAGAGCGUGCGAGAAAGAGAGAGUGAACUUACAAGCGAAAUUACCGACAGAUGCAACAGCGGGAGGAACUUCUAGAGCUGAUUUAGUGUUUUCUAUAGAGUUGGGUGUCUCCACAUUUUCUAUUUAGUCUUGCGUUUUGCCAGCGCUCGCGCAUGUAUGCAUGCGAGAUGUAAUCGGAGGGGCGCCGUCACGCUGUAUGUGUAAAAUUUUGGUACAAAUAAAGCCAGAUAAUAAUCUUCCCUCGUUA